CUUGAUUAACAGAAAUUAAUCAUUUUUGUCAUUUAAGAGUUGCGUUCUUAGCUACUUUCAUCCUUAAUAGCAUCACAUUUCGUUUUUGCAAAAUUUAUUUCUCUUACCAAGAAACUUAGCCUUGCCAGAGAAAACUAGAAUGGCGAAUUCAACACCGACUACAAUACCGAUGUCUUACCAAACCCCUAACAUAACAUUUGGAAUAUACCUUAUCGUGAAUGAUUCGCAGAAUGAAUUUACAGUAUGCUUUAAUAGAACUCAAGUUGACAGCAACAUAACCUGGCAGAUUUCUAACCCCGUAAUGAAGUCUUUACCCAUGUUUGCCAUUCAACUAAGUCUCGUCCUCUUUGUCCUCCGCCUUUUCAUGUUCAUCCUUGGGCCUCUUCGCCAACCUCGCUUUGUUGCUGAGAUUCUCACUGGGAUCGUGCUAGGCCCAACUCUCCUUGGGCAAUUUCCAAAAUAUAGGGCUAACUUCGCUCCUUUUGAAGGGGUAUUGGUGAUGGAGACACUGGCCAACUUAGGUCUCACUUUUUAUAUGUUUGUGGUUGGUCUUGAGAUGGAUCUAAUGCCCCUACGGAAAAUUGAAUCCAAGGCAUUAAACAUUGCUCUGGCUGGAAUUUUAGGUCCCACGGCAAUAGGGAUAGGCUUGUAUUUCAUGCUUGAAAAAUUUUUGAAUGCUAGUAUAACCCACACGCCUAUCAAGGGUGCUAUCUUCUGGGCCAUUAUUCUCACACUCACCAGCUUCCCUGACUUGGCUAGAAUCCUUUCUGACCUUAAGCUCCUCCAUACUGAUCUUGGUAAAACAGCAUUAACUUCUGCCAUUAUUAACGAUCUCACUGCUUGGCUGCUUCUCGUUGGAACAGUGUCUGCAAUUAAUGGGCGGCAAAACAUAUUUGCUGUAGUUCCAACAAUGUUAUUCAUACUAACUUAUUGGAUUUUGUUGCGUCCUGUCUUGGGUUGGAUCAUUCAACGGACAGCAUCUACGAAUGGAACGUCAGUAGAAGGCAAGUACAGCGACACGCAUGUAUUUUUCAUUCUAAUAGGAGUGGUCAUCAGCGGAUUCAUUUCAGAUUUUUGUGGCUCGCACUCCAUGAUUGGAGCCUUCAUGUUUGGACUCAUCAUACCUGGUGGGGAUCUCGGAACUAAAAUUAUGGACAGGAUUGAGGAGUAUAUAACAGGGAUUAUGUUGCCUCCAGUUUUCUUUGUUACUGGGUUGAGAGCCAACCUUAGAGAUCACCUAUUUCCCAAACAAAUGGAUAAUUUCGUACCUUUUAUAGUAGUGCUUGUCAUAAUAUUGGCUUGCUCUGCUAAGAUCGUCAGCACUUUCAUUGUGUCUUUGUUUCUUAAUAUAUCGUCGCAGGAUGCUUUGGCACUUGGAAUUCUUAUGAAUACAAAAGGUGUGUUGGCAAUAAUUGUUUUAAACGAAGGGAGAAGCUUAAAGGGAAUCAACAACCAAACAUUUGCUACCAUGAUGGUUUCCAUACUGAUCAUGACCGCUAUGGUCAACCCAAUAGUUGGUUUUUUUCAUAAGGCCACCAGACGUUUGAGGCGAUUCCAACUUAGAACCUUAGAGAAAAACAAACAAGAUUCGGAACUAAGAGUGCUUGUAGGCGUUCAUUCCUUAAGAAACGCAUCUGGUUUGAUCAGCCUCCUCCAAAUUUCUAAUGCCACACCCAAAUCUCCAAUGGCUAUAUUUUUUGUUCACCUAGUUGAGCUCACUGGUCGUGCAUCUGCGAUGCUAGUUUUCCAUGACACUCACCAUAAACAUAACUACAAUUACAGUACCCUCAACCGUGAAAAGGCCGAUGUAGACCAAAUCAUUUCCAUCUUCCAAUCUUAUGAGAGAGAUAAUAUUGCAGUAUCUGUCCAACCACUCACAGCAGUUUCCCCCUACACCACCAUGCAUGAGUAUAUUAGCAGCUUUGCAGAAGAUAAGGGUGUUACCAUCAUUCUGCUCCCAUUCCAUAAAAAACAAGGCAACAACGAUGACCAAAACCCUGAGCAUAGACAAGUAAACAAAAAUUUGCUUGAAACUGCACCUUGCUCUGUAGGGAUACUAGUGGAUCGAGGAUUGCAAGCAUCCUUGCAUGGAGACUCACAACAUAACGCACAAAAAUGCUACGUGGCAAUGUUUUUCAUUGAGGGACGUGACGAUCGAGAGGCAUUAGCUUAUGCAUGGAGAAUGGCAAGGUGUCCUGGUGUGGUACUUACAGUGGUAAGAUUCAUUGCAGGAAAAGCUGCGGAAGAUAUGAUUGCUGCGACAGGGAAUUAUGACGAUGAUAAGUUUCUAGUUGCCAUGACAGAAAGACAGGAUAUGAAACAGAUGGAUGAUAGGUACGUUAAUGAGUUCAGGUUCAGAGCAAUGUGUGAUCAAUCUAUAAAAUAUAUGGAAAAGCGGGUGGAUAGCGCAGACCAUAUUGUACAAAGCAUAAGAUCAACUUAUUCUGACAUGGAUCUAUACAUCGUAGGAAGAGGGGAAGGGGUGAUGCCUCCACUAAUAUCAGGGUUAUCUGGAUGGAGUGACUGUCCGGAAUUAGGAGCCCUGGGAGAAACAUUGGUGGCGGCAGAGUUUACAUCACAUGCAUCAAUUUUGGUUGUGCAACAAGGUAAAAGUGCAUGGAAGAGGUCGGUGAUGGAUCAAAAAGGAAAGCUCGGGAUAAAUAGUGUGGGUUCAAAUACAUUAAUUGUUAAUCACAAAAAGGGUGGUGAUUUGGGUAAUGAUGAUUAAUUAAUGAUUUUGUAAUCAUGUUAUUGUUGGUAUAUAUUAAUCUUUCUUUACAUUUGAAUAUGCAAAUUAAAAUAAAAUUUUAGUAGGUAG